CUGGGGUGGGGGGAGGUGGUGUUUGCAGUCAGAGAGUCAAAGGCAAGUGAAGGUGGAAGGAGAGACCGAGUGGCGGAGCGCAGGCAGGAAAGCCGCUGCAGACCCAACGCAGACGAAGCGACGCACGGACAGAGGGUGCCAUGACAGAACUCCAGGAAGUUCAGAUCACUGAAGAAAAGCCACUACUGCGAGCUCCAGGAGCACCUGAUCCAGGCAAGGAUGCUGAACUGAUAACAGCCAAACUUCUACAGGAAUAUGGCCAGAAACACACAGUGGAGACACCUUAUGGGGUUGUGACCAUUACCAUCCAUGGAACACCCAAGCCCAAACGUCCAGCUAUCCUCACCUAUCAUGAUGUGGGACAAAAUCAUCAUUCGUGCUUCGACACUCUCUUCCACUAUGAGGACAUGCAAGAGAUCAUAAAGAACUUCGUGGUGAUACAUGUGGACGCACCUGGCAUGGAGGAGGGGGCCCCGGCCUUCCCUCUGGGGUAUCAGUAUCCUUCUUUGGACCAGCUGGCUGACAUGAUCCCCUGCAUCUUGCAAUAUGUCAACUUCACCAGCAUCAUUGGAAUUGGAGUUGGAGCUGGAGCGUAUAUCUUGGCACGCUACAGUCUCUCCCAUGCAGACACUGUGGAGGGGUUGGUUCUGAUCAACAUUGACCCCAAUGCCAAAGGCUGGAUGGAUUGGGCUGCUCAUAAGCUUACCGGCCUCACCUCUUCCAUUUCUGAGAUGAUCCUAGGACAUCUCUUCAGCCAGGAGGAACUUUCCAAGAACACUGAGAUGGUGCAACAACAGCGGGAUAUCCUGAGUCAUGCUACAAAUUUACCCAACAUUCAACUCUACUGGAGUAGUUACAACAGCCGCAGAGAUUUGUGCUUGGAACGUGGAGGGGAUAUCACAUUCAAAUGUCCUAUCAUGCUGGUGGUUGGAGACCAGGCUCCACAUGAAGAUGCUGUGGUGGAGUGCAAUUCCAAACUGGAUCCCACCCAGACUUCUUUCCUCAAGAUGGCUGAUUCAGGAGGACAACCACAACUGACACAACCUGGGAAACUGACAGAGGCAUUCAAAUACUUUGUGCAAGGAAUGGGUUAUAUCCCUCAUGUACUGGACAAGAAAUUGAGUCAGGGUGGCCUCGUCCUGCAUGACCCGCCUCUCUCGCUCCCGCACCGCGUCUCUGUCCAGCGCCACCUCGGGGGACGGGAAUCGCUCCCGGUCUCGCACUCUGUCCCAGAGCAGCGAGGCAGGAGCCCCACAGCCACCUGCCCCCACCAUGGAGGUGUCCUGCUGAGCUCCGAGCCAGGGGAUGAGACCGCCUCCCACCUCUGAACAGGACUCCUUCUGCUAUCCCACAAUGCACUCCGGCCACUGGGCCAGGUGACGAUCUCCCCUAACGGUACUAAAAGUCCAAGGAGGCCCAGAUGGGAUGCAACUUUACUCUUUUUUAAAACAAACAUUAACUCCCCCAACCUUUAAAUCCAGCACAUCAUACCCACCUUCCUUACCAACCCUGCCUUCCUUUCUCCCGUAAAUUAAAGCUAGUGUUGUCAGCCUUUGGUAUCUAUAGUGAUCCUCAGUACCUAGGGAGGUAUGGAUGGAAGACUCACGUUUUCUAAAUUAUCAGAUAAUCAGUAUCUCCUCUGAUGUUUCCCUUUGCCCUCCAAUUCUCUUGCACAUGUAGAUUCCUUGAUAUAGGAGAUCUGGAUUAUCAUUGGGCUUUGUUUUUUCCCCCCUGUAUAAUCAUAACUAACCCUUGUUCCUCCCCUUAAAUCUUGAGCGAUAUAUUCUUGGAGUAGCCGGAUGGCAUCUCAUUGCCUUGCAAGCUCUCUUUUGUCCCCUCCGGAGUGUACAUAGGAGGAAAAUAAAAAUAAAAAGCAGGACCUCACAAGUGAGACGCACAAGCCUCAGUAAGGACUUGACUUGCUACUGUCAUGCUAACCUAGUGCUCCCAAACAGGAGUUGCUUUUCCUCCACCCAACUCAUUUCUACCCUUGUAUUUGUCUGGCUUGGUCUCAUCUCUCCUGAUUCCAUCCCUCUAAGUGGUCUUUGAGGUUCUGGUUCCUUCCAGAGGCUUAGAUGUAUUUUUGUUUUCAUUCAUCUUUUAAAAUAAAACUAGAUUCUUCAUUCCCUUCCCCUCUUCUAUGAUCUCUCUUGGCUUUUAUUUUUUAUAACUCCUGUGCAUAUACUCUUCCCUGGUCAAAGGCUACAUUUCCUCUUCUUUGUCUUCCUUCCCUUCCACUUUCAUAGAUGGUAGCUGCUUUGUGGUGUGCAUGCACAGUUCCUGCUAAGACAGCAACUGUUUUCUGUGAUUGGGGCAUUGGGAGGCUGGGCAAGAUUGAAAUGGGGGGCACUGGGGAGGGUGGGAUUGUUCCUUUUGGGAAAUGCUGGGGGCAGCGGGAAGCUUGAGACAGAUUGCACUGUUGCAGCUGUGCCAGGCACAAAUGACAAUAGCCAAUGCGUCUGCGGUUUCACAUAAGGAGAUGAAAGGAGACUCCGAACGUCAUUGGCUGUGAUUUUUUUUUCUUUGCACCAAGGGCUGAUUUAGUGGGUUCUGGCUGUUGGCUUUGAGCAGGGCUCCUGUAGUGCCAUGGAGGAGGAACUCCUGUAAUCGGAUUCUGACUAUAUCAGUUCUUUUGAAUGUUACCAGCUGUAUUAAAGACCUAAAUGCUUAGAUGAUGUUCGCCAUGUUGAUCUUACAAAAUAAUGCAUGAUGUUUUAAGGGGUCAAAUUUCUAACUUUGGACCAGCUGUUGAAGGUGGGGGUAUCAGUAUGUAAGGUUUUGAAUGGUAUACAGUCUUGAAUAGGGCCAUAAGGCCUCCAGUGGAACCAGAAAGGUAUUGGUCCAACUAGAAGAUAUCUUACUUAUUCCCUAACCUGAACAGGCACUGGGAGUUAAUUGCUCAGUUGCCUAUAAAAAGGGGCAUUGUUUGAAAAGGACUCCAGCUGGAGUUUUAACUCCCACAUGUAAUGGGAUCCUUGUAUUUGAGAAUGUGUGGGCUCUGCUUUAUUUUUCCCAGAGCAGUCAAUGGUGAAUCCCUACUCUUAACAAUAAAAAUCUCUAGAGGAAUCAGUUUUCGCUUCUUUUUUUAAUGAUAGAUGUAUAGUCCACACAUGCAGGUCAUAACAGCUUCAGUUCAACAGGGAAGAUCACCAAAGACUGCUAUAAAAAUCAAAGAAACAAGGCUGGAUAUCAGAUCAGCAUUGAGUAGCAAUAGAAAAGAAUAUAAAUAGUUCAGGAUUGAACUGUGGAGUCCUUGAUGCUUUCUGCAUUGGUUGUUCGCUUGCAGUCAAUUUGCUACCUGACUAGGGUAACAAAACAAGUUCAGAAAGCACCAGACUCCACAGCAUUCAGUAUUUCAGGAAUGGAUAUUUCAGCUACCUCCAGGAAAUUCACAAUAAGCAAGAUUGACCCUCCUCAAUGAACUCUGACACCAAAAAGGUACCAUAGGAAACAAGGAAUCACUGUGGCAAGAAUUGGAAAAUAUUUUUAUAGAUUGGGGAAGCAGCCUCUGCCCCUCUCCAAAAGACACCCCUCUUUCCUACAAGAAUUGAGGAUGCUUAGUUUACUGAGAAAUGUCCAGCAGAAAAGAGAAGCAAAUAAUGGAGCUCCUUACAGAUUAAAACUGGAGACACAGUUGUGGUUUGCUUAUGUACUUAGUAAUUCAUAUCUGGUUGAGCUCAUGAGACACAUUAAAGUAUAAAUAAAGAUUUAGAAAUCACAGUGAUUACAGUCACCCAUCACCCCAAGUCAAAACCAGACAAAUCACAUAACGUUUGUGAAUCUGAUAUGGCCAUGGAGAAUUUAGGAAGAGUUAGCUAACCUUUUAUUGCAGGUCCCACUAGUAAUGUAUAUUAUAGUUACAGGAUAUUCACAUACAAGUUUAAUAAUGUAUGGAAAAUAGGUACAUGCUAUCUUCUUACUGCUGAUGAUCUGAGGCUGAAAGAUGUUCUCGUGCCUAUAGAUGCCCAGUAAAUUGGCAGCAAAGAUGAGUGUUGAACUGCCCUAAUCAUGACAUUCUAACAGAUGCAGCUUCCCUAAGUCUUUGCUCCAGCAAUCUUGGCUCCAAGAUUCUGCAAUAAAAAUAAUAAAUCCUUUGGUUGUGGGCCAAAUCUAAAAUUAAUCGCUGCUUGCUACCAUUUAGAAUUUCCACUUCACUUCACAACCUACUCUGAAAGAUUUGCAAAACAUGUUCCAAGAAGCUGUUCUCAUGGAGAGGUCUGUAUUUACUAUCUGUAUCAAAGCUACUUCCUUUCUUAGGUCACAAUUUGCCACUGGCCCUGCUGACUCAGGAGAAAGCCAAUAAUAUGAAGCCACCAGGUUCUCUAUCUGAAUGAUUAUCCAAAUGUAUCAGGGAAGGCUACAGACUAUUUGCCUUAUGCAUAUUGUUUAUUUUGUUUUAUAGCUUAGGACAUAAUGCUCUGGAAGAUAAUAUUUAAUGGCUUCUGGUCAUUUCUUUACUGUUCCACCCACCUUCCUCAAGUUGUUAUUAGCAAUGAAAUGGAAGAGAGUACAGUACAGAAGCUACUUUCAUUCUUUAACCCCAAAAGAAAUUUAAUAGCAACUUCAGGUAAAGCACAUUUGGUUCUAGUUCAAGAAAAAGAUACAGGUAGUCCUUGGCUCAAAACCAAAACUGGGAUCAGAAUUUCCAUUGCUAAGCAAGGCAAUUGUUAAAUGAAUCACACUCAAUUUAUGACUUUUUCCCCAUGGUUUUUAAGUGAAUCACUGCAGUUGUUAACUGAACCAUUAAGCGAUUCCAGCUUCCCCCAUUGACUUUGUUUAUUGGAAGCCAGCUGGAAUGGUGAAAAUGGCAGUUGUGACCCUGGGACACUGCAACCGUCCAAAUGCAGGCCAGUUGCCAAAAUUUUGAUCACAUGACAAUGUAGAUGUUGUGACAGACCUUAGGGCGGGGACCAGCGGUGAAUCACUUCAGUGCCAUUGUAACUUUGAACAGUCACUAAACAAAUGAUUUGUAAGUUGAGGACUACCUGCAUUACAAGAGGGAUAAAAAAAAACCAGUUGCCUGAUUUUCACAUCAGUCUUGGUAAAUAGCUGGCUGAGGAUAGAAAACCCCAAGAAACUAGAAAUGUGAGGGUCUGAUCAGAUUAGACCCAAGCAACACCCUGGACUAUAUACCAUUUCAACCUGCAAAAGAAAGUUCAGGGCAGUGAUGGGUUUCAAAAAAAUUUACUACCAGUUCUGUGGUUGUGGCUUGGUGGAUGUGGCAUGGCUUGGUGGGCGUGGCAGGGAAAAUACCCUGUAAAAUCUCCAUCCCCACCCCAUUUCCUCCCGAUCAGCUAGGACUUGGGAGGCAGAGAAUAGAUGGGGGCGGGGGCAGGCAGAAUUUUUACUACCAGUUCUCCGAACUACUCAACAUUUCUGCUACCGGUUCUCCAGAACUGGUCAGAGCCUGCUGAAACCCGUCUCUGGUUCAGGGUUACCCAAGGCACUUUUUGCUACAAAAUCCAGGUAAAAAUCAUUUGAUUCCAGAUUUUGAAGUUGACUGAAUAAGCAAUUGCGAACAACAGUGUGUCUGCUCAUGCCCCUGGAAAAAAACAGCUUAAUUUAAGGGAUGCAGCAAAAGCAAUGUUCCCUCAACAGGCAGAAACACAGCUGUUGUUGCCAUAUACACGCAAACAUUGCUGCUGUUCCCCUUCUCCCCUCCAUCCCAUGUUGAGCCAGAAUCAAUGCUCUGUGCAAAAUGGGGCCAGCCUUGGUUUUCAUUUUUAAAAGAAUUGAAAAGACCAAAAAAAAAAAAAAGGCAAAGAAAACACUCAACAACAAAACCCAACCUUCUCCCACAUUAAAAAAAAAAAAGUUCCCUUCAAAUGACAAACAUGGACACAGAGAAAUGGAUUAAUUUGUUACAGAUGUUUUAAACAGAUUUUUAUUUAUUUAUUAUUGAUGGUUUCAGUGCAGAUUUUUAAAAAAAAGAAAGAAAGAAAGAAAAAGGGGAGAAUGAAAUGGUUCCACUGUGCAAUGAGUUAAACCAUCUCUUGCUAACUUGUAGCAUAAUCUUCCGCCCGAAAAUCUCUCGUCCCAGCACCCAGGAAAGGGGUUUUUCAAGCCUGUAAAGACAAGGCUGUUUUCCACCCGAACCUUCUGUCCAAUAAAAGUUGACCUUUUCUCCAACGCCAAAAGUGUAAAUCUUCCUUCCCUCCCCUCGUUUCUGCCAGCAAAUAGCCCCAAGAUCAAAACAGCUCGCCCGUUGCCAAGUUCUCUCCCUCCUUUCUUGCCAAGGAGGACCAAAGCCUCUUAUUGUCAAUUCUCGGAGAACAAAAAGAAUAUCAAUCUUUGCGGAACCGAGGAGUUCUCAGCCCGCAAAAGGUCUCGGCCGGGCUCCAGACCACGUGAUCGCGCCCGAUGUUUUCACUCCAAACUGAAUUUGGGUCUGAUCUCCCAAUUCCUCAAGAGAGCUGGAAGGCUCUUUUGUUUAAAAAGGCAGCGGCGUGGAGAGCGGAGAUUGCUAUGCAACAGCAGCACCUCAGGCAGAAACCUUGCAGCCCGCUGAGAGGAGGAGGGGGAGAGGGAGGGGGUGAGUGGUCAGAAGGUCCCUUUGGAGGGCGCCCCCCACACGCCACUAGCAAAGCAUCAUUGCAUCUCCCAUAAGUAUGUCGAAUCAAGCUACUUCAACUCUGGCUUUUGCCAUUGCAUGGCACCCAUUUUGAGAGGUUUAAAAGGGGAACAGAUAAAUUCACAAGGGGAGUAAGGACCAUUAUGCCUACAGGUUCUGGAGAACCGGUAGCAAAUGACCAGUUCUGGAGAACCGGUAGCAAAAAUUUUGAGUAGUUUGGAGAACCGGUAGUAAAAAUUCUGACUGCCCCCCACCCCUAUCUAUUCUCUGCCUUUCAAAUCCUAGCUGAUCGGGAGGAAAUGGGGAUUUUGCAGUAACCUUCCCCUGGAUUGGGGAGGGAAUGGAGAUUUUACAGUAUCGUUCCCCAGCCACGCCCACCAAGCCAUGCCAUGUCCUCCAAGCCAUGCCCACAGAACCGGUAGUAAAAAAAUUUGAAACCCACCACCGCACGAUAGGUAGUCCUUAGCUUACAACGAUUUGUUUAGUGACCAUUUGAAGUUACAACAACAUUGAAGGAAAAUAUCUUAGGUCCAUUUUUAAGGGGCGUGCAUAAGAGCACAAGUGUGCCUACCGUUCCUGUCCUAUUGUUUCCUUUCGUUAUAUCCAAUUAAUAUAGUUAUUACCUACUCAUGCUUAUAUAUAUGCUUAUAUAUUGUUUAGUCAUUUCAUGCUUAUGCUUAUAUAUACUGUGUGACAAAAUACUGUAAAUAAGUAAAAACAUUUUCACAGUUGUGACCUUUGCAGCAUGCCCAAGGUCAUGUAAUUUACAUUUGGAUGCUUGACAACUGGUUCACAUUUGUGACGGUUACAGAGUCCUGAGGUCAUGUGACCAACUUUUGCAAACCUUCUGACAAGCAAAGUCAAUAGGGAAGCCAGAUUCACUUAACAACCAUGUUACUAGUUUAGCCACUGCAGUGAUUCACUUAGCAAAUGUGACAAGAAAAAUUGUAAAAUGGGACAAAUCUUUCAUUUAGGUACAUAAAUUCUGGGUUCAAUUGGGGUCGUAAGUCCAGGGCUACCUAUAGUUCUGAUGGCUAUUUUCUAGUUCCUGAUUCAUAGAAGCUGUGCUUUAAAUACAAGGCAGAAGAUGUAUUAAUUUAUUUUCCUGCCCAUCCUUGUGGACUUUCUAGAUCAGAGGUCUCCAACCUUGGUCCCUUAAAGACUUGUGGACUUCAACUCCCAGAGUCCCUCAGCCAGCUUUGCUAAAUGAACUCUGGGAGUUGUAGUCCACAAGUCUUAAAGGGACCAAGGUUAGAGACCCCUGUUCUAGAUGCACCUGAUGUGACACAAAAUGCUGGACUAAAUGCCCACAUUGGCUUGAUGGAACAAAGUUAUGCACUUCAGAGCAUGUCAUACAAUAAUGUAACGUAUUAUGUUAUAUUAUCUUAUAACUAUAUUAUAUACAGAAUAGCAUCUCCAUUAAAUUCCAACUAAACAAACCUCUCCUUUCUGAUCUAUUUCAUUGCAGGAUUCCUCAAUGCCUUUAACAAUGACCGAGCUUCUAAUUAACUGUCUUCAUUGGAAAGGCUGGGAUACAUCCAGAGAUGUAUCUGUCUUGAAAAUAGCCCAUCUUGAAAUAUAUAUCAUAGUUAAACAUUAGCACAGCAAACGUUUUAUGACAUUUUAUAUUAUGUCAUAAACUUUCAUGAUAAUUUUAUGUCAAAAAAUGUUUUCUAAGUUUGCCAAAUUUCAAUUUCACGGAAGUCUGGGUCUUGGAUUUUUGAUGCACUGUGUAAAUUAGCCCGUUUGAGGUACCUUGGUUGAAAAGAUUCUAUCCUAUGGUGUACCAUUUCUUCCAGUUACUAAUGAGUUUUAGUAUGUCCCAAAAGUACUUUUUCAAAAGGCAACUGGACUUUCUUGUUUUUUUUUUGAAGACGUCUUGCUUCUUAUGCGAGAAGCUUCUUCAACGCUGACAAAAUAGUGGAGAAUGGAAGGAUUUAUGGCCAUCUGCAUUCUUUUAGAGAGUUACUGAGGCUUCAUGUAAAGACAGAGUGAAUUAAGAGAAGAAAUGGAAAGUUGGCCUUACUUCCCCAGUCUGGAAUAAAAAAAGAGUUGGGUUGUAUUGGAGCAGUUUAUUGUGGGAUGCCCUCUUUCACUGUAGGAAAGCUGCUUGAUAGGUUAUGAGAACUUUGGUUUAGUUUGAUAGGUUAAGAGAAGAAUAGACCUACUCAUGUCCAUUCAUAUCCUAUGGUUAAAUGUGUCGGGGCAUAGCACUAAAUAUGCAUCUUGCUUAACAGGGACUAAACCAAUUAGUGAAUAAUUCUUCCAGUUUUCUUAAAAGACAUAAUGGCAAAUCUAAGUUUUUGCAUCAGAAGAUGGGGAGAAGCUGAUACCCAGUUGAAGUUGCAGACAGUUACAUGUAAAGAAUUGGGACAAAACAUAUAUAUUUGAAUGGCGAUACCAAUAGAAGCAAUGCAGAUUAUAUGACAACAGCUUUGUGAUACACACUCACCCAAAUCUGAAUGAAUGGCAUGGCAGGCCAAAUUGGAUACUCUUUAGCCAAAUACUUAAAUCUGUAUAUUACUAAACUCUAAAUAUUUUUCACGAGGCAACUGGACUUCCUUGUUUUUCUUUGAAGACGUUUUGCUUCUCAUCCAAGAAGCUUCUUCAGCUUUGACUGGAUGGCGGGGAAUGAAAGGAUUUAUAUUCCUUGCAGACAGCUGGUCAUUUGCAUUAUUUUAGAGGGCAUUGAGGCCACUUGGAAGUUUAUCUGUAUCCUCAUGGUCACCUGAAUAGUGCAAAUGGGUGUGGAGCCUUCUUGGAACUGCUGAAAAGACUGUAUUAUAGACUGGAGAUAGAUGCUGUUGUAUUCCCCCCCCCCCCCGGUUGAGAGAGGGCUGUUUAAUUUUGGCAUAGAUGGCCUCUAUGGGAUAUGACAUUUUAUUUUUUUAAUCCAGGCUGGGGAAGUAAGGCCAGCUUUCCAUUUCUUUUCUUAAUUCACUCUGUCUUUCCAUGAAACCUGGGAAGUUAUCAAAAAUCCCACCAUUUUCACCAAAAGCACCCUACUCUGAAAGACAAUCACAUCUAGGGCACAGCCUCAAAGGUUGCAGGAACAAUGACAGCUUUGGAGAGAGUAAGAUCUCUCUCCAUCAGCAGUCUGCAUCCCCAAUCAUGGUAUCCAAGGUGCCUUCUAUGGAAUACGACUGGAAUCAGUCCAAGCAGGUUGCCAAUUUCCCUCACCAUAACUGAGGGAAUCCUGUUUUACUCAUGGUCCUUCAAGUUAAUCUGAGUUCUGAUUACAAGAAAUUGUAGAACUAAAAAUGAUCUCCAGAACUGGGGCAUUAGCUCUCAAGAAGGCUACAACGAAACCUCCCACCCAUGCUGCUAGAGCUCACCCUUUUGUUUUUUUGUUUUUCGUACAGAGAAAAGCAGGGAACGUAUGCAAAGCACGAAUUGAGGAUCUUUCUGACCCCCUUAAAAUGGCUCAGCUCUAAAUUACAUGGUGGGGGGAACACAAAUGGGCUGUAAAAUGAAGGUGUCAGUGCCUAAUUGCUUCUCCCUUGGCCAAGUCAGGUUUAUUUUCACAUUCAAGUUUUGUUUGCUUGGGCUUUCUCACCACCUCAAAUUUGGUCCCGUUGUUUGUUUGUUUUUUAAAGAGUUUCUCUGCUGACAAAGAGUGUCCCAAUUCCUUUACAUAAUUUCCUUCCAAUGUUCCCUUGGGUUGCAAAGAAUAAAAAGCAAGAAUAGCCCUCUUUGACCAUUCACUCAGCACCAUCUGGUGGCCAGUUCUAUAUAGGACAUUGAAAGAGUAAUAGUGGCAUAAAAUUUUUCCUCUGCUUUACCUUUCAAUCCUGUUUUAGGCAUUUUCAAGAUUUUUAACACAACAAAGAAGCAUUUUGAAGCUUGGUCUUGGCAAUCCAGGACAGGGGUCUCCAACCUUGGUCCCUUUAAGACUUAUGGACUUCAACUCCCAGAGUUCCUCAGCCAGGUUUGCUGUCUGAGGGACUCUGGGAGUUGAAGUCCACAUGUCCUAAAGGGACCAAGGUUGGAGACCCCUGAUCCAGCAGAUGGUUACACCAUUCCAAAGGGGCCUGAAUUGAUUACACUCUCUCCACUCUCCCUAUUUAUUUAUCUGUCAAAUUUCUACACUGCCCAUCUCAUCUAAGGCACUCCCUACUACAGUAAUAGAUGUGAAGGAAGCAAACAAGUUGUUCUUAAUUUUAUUUUAUUUUUUACAAAAUGUUGUUGUUGUUAGUUGCGAAGUCGUGUCCGACCCAUUGCGACCCCAUGGACAACAUUCAAAAUUCAAAAAAAAAAAAAUUCAAAAAAAAAAUUCAAAGCAUUACAAAAUGCUGGGCAUCAAAGGGGAUGCUACUGUCUUCAGGGAGGCCUCCUAGGCCUAGCACGGGGCUCGCGCGUUUCCCUGCCCACCCUGUCCCCCCGUGGCCUGUUUUUGUUCCCAGGGGGGUGCAGGAGGCUGAGUGCUGCCUGUCACACCACCUGGCCAUGCCCACCAUGGCCACACCCACCCAGCCAGUCAUUAGGGCAGAGAACCAGUUGUUAAAUUAUUUGAAUCCCACCACUGCCCGACCCCACCCCUCCAUAGUAAUGUUUCAAGGUGGAUUGGGCUAAUAGAUUGGCUUAAAGUGAGUUUCCACAGUUGGGUAGAGACUUGAGCUACGAUUUCCCCAAUCCUAGUGGGGGACCUUAACCAUUGUAUCACGAGGACUUUUAGCUCCUCAACCAUAGAAAUUUGCAACUUCUAUUAACAUUUUUCCAUUUUUAAACAGGAAUUUGGUUGGAAGCUGAGCAGAGUUUGAUGUAAGGCCAUAUAUGUUAUAUGUAUAUAUAUAUACAUAUAUACAUAUCUUUAUAUGUAAGGCCAUAUAAAAGUUAUAAACAAAUUAUACAUAAAUAAACCUGACCACUGAAUUGUCCUUUUUAGAGAAUGUUUAUGCCUUCUCGGUUUUCCCAUUAAUUGUCCACUGCUCCAAAUUAAUGAGCUAUGCAGACAAAAAGAGAGAGUAUUAUCUAACUAUACAGGUAAUCCUUGAUCUUCAACCACUUCAUUUACUGACCAUUCAAAACAGUGGUGGGAUUCAAUAAUGUUUACUACCGAUUCUGUGGGCGUGGCUUGAUGGGCAUGGUAUGGCUUGGUGGGCGUGGCAGGGGAAAGAUACUGUAAAAUCUCCAUUCCCUCCGCACUCCAGGGGAAGGUUACUGUAAAAUCCCCAUUUCUUCCCAAUCAGCUGGGACUCAGGAGGCAGAGAAUAGAUGGGGUGGGGCCAAUUUACUGGUGGUAUUUACUGGUUCUCUGAACUACUCAAAAUUUCCGCUACUGGUUGUCCAGAACUCGUCAGAACCUGCUGAAUACCAUCUCUGAUUCAAAGUUACAAGCACUCUGAAAAAAAUGACAUACAACUGGUACUCACACUUAUGACUAGACAGCAUCCCCUUGUGAUCAAAAUUCAGGACCUUAGCAACUGGCAUAUAUUUAUAACCAUUGCAAUGUCACCAUUUGCAACCUUCCCAGCUGACUUCCAAGAAGCAAAAUCUACGGGGGAAGCCAGAUUAAUUUAAUUUAACUUACUUAACUGCAGUGAUUCACUUUACAAUUGUUGGGGGGGGGACUAGCAAAAUCAGACACAAGUCAAUUAACAAGUGCCUUGCUUAGCAAUUGAAAUUAUGGUAAUCAUUAUCAUAAAUCGAGGUCUACCUGUAUUACAUCUCCAAAGAAGUCAUGUUUUUGACAGUUCUUUUUUUGGCAGUACUAGUCAUAAUUUGAAGCCCAUUGACAUUCUUGCUGUAUAAGUUAAGUCACUCUCCCAUUGUCUAAACCAGGGGUCUCCAACCUUGGCAACUUUAAGCUCGGUGGACUUCAACUUCCAGAAUUCCCCAGCCUAGACAAUAUCGGAACUUCUAGUUCUUUAUUCCACUCAUUUUUAAUAUCUGUGUUUCUAAAUGAAUAGUUACAUCUACAAAGUGAAAAUAAUUUCUAGUGCUUGAUGUCAAUAUUGAACACAUAUCGGUUCUAAUUCCUUGAAAUUAAAUGCACUCUGCAAAUCAUAGGAAUGUUUUAAAAGAUAUACCGUUACUCAGACUCCGUGGUGAAAUCCAAUUUUUUUUACUAUCGGUUCUGUGGGCAUGGCGUGGCUUGGUGGAUGUGGCAGGGGAAGGAUACUGCAAAAUCCCCAUUCCCUCCCCACUCCUGGGAGAAGGAUAUUGUAAAAUCUCCAUUCCCACCCCACUCGGGGGCCAGCCAGAGGUGGUAUUUGCUGGUUUUCCAAACUGCUCAAAAUUUCCGCUACCGGUUCUCCAGAACCUGUCAGAACCUGCUGGAUUUCACCCCUGCUCAGACUUCUAUACAGAUGCACUUGAAGAUAUUACUAAGACAUAUGAGAUAUCUGGCAGUUGAAUAAACAAUAUCAUCAUUAAGAGGGGAAAGGGUAAUUUUUUCCACAGUAUUCCCCAUUCUGAUAGUUCUAGCAAAGUAGCAAAAUCCAAAUAUAGACUCCUAGAGUUGAAUGAGUUCCUGAAUCCAAUCCCAUUCUCAGGGCUGGAAUCAAAAUUAAAGCAACCUUGAACUGAUUCUGUACCCUCAUUUUAAUUUCAUCUGGGAUAGAAGGAAGCAAUUCACAGCCUUCUGUUUUAAAUGACAUCCUCCCUUUAUGUUCUUCAAUGAAAACGAUCAUAUCUCUCUUUGUUUCAGUUUUUUCAAGGCUAAGUAUAUCCAGGGCAGAGUCCAUAAGAAUCUACCUUUUAGUCCUAGCCCGAUUGAUUGGUUGAGUUGGUGAAACUAACUACUAAUAGUCCUUGACUUAUGACUACAACUGAGUCCAAACUUUCCAUUGCUAGGCAAGAUAGUUGUUAAGAGAGCUUUUGCCCCAUUUCACAACCUUUCUAGCCACAGAUGUUAAGUGAAUCACUGCAGUUGCUAAGUCAGUAACACAAUUGGUAGCUUCCUCAUUGACUUUGCUUGUCAGAAGGUGAUCACAUGACCCUGGGACGCUGCAACCCUCAUAAAUAUAUGUCAGUUGCUAAGUGUCUGAAUUUUGAUCGUGUUAACUAUGAGGAUCCUUCAAUCAUCGUUAUAUGUGAAAAGUGGUCAAAAGUUACUUUUUUCAUUGUAAAGUUGAAUGGUCACUAAAUGAAUUAUUAUAAGUUGAGAACUACCUGAAAGACUGUAAAUUUAAGGGUACUUUCUAGGUAGAUCUGUAGACAGUGAUCCUCUUAAAGCUUGUUUAUGGAAUGUACUAUACUUUUGAAGAAAUAUGCACACAAGUCUGAGCAGGAACUGGGGAAAUGAUAACAGGAUUGCAUUUAAUGUCUAUAUUUUUUGUAAUGAGAGACAGAUCCUUGAUUAAUCUUCAGAAUGUUGGCAUCAGAAUUAAAUGGAGAGAUUCAAGACAGGAACAAGAAGUUCUGAGGUCACAAGCUUGGGGAAAGAGCUGGCAGUUUAGAAGUACCAGCCAAGAAAACAAAGAAUUUAUUUCUGAAAAAUAAUUGCUUUAUGUCUAUUAAGGCAAGAGUGGAUAGAUGUUCACUACAGAUUGAAUACACUCAUCAAUCAAACCUGUGAAAGGUUUUUAUUACAAAAAAAUAAAAACAAUCCCACCUAAGAAUUUCUUGAAAUAUAUUCCAAUAGACAUGGCAAGAAAAAAAGCCCUGGUGGCACAAUGGUUAGAAUGCAGUACAGGUAGUCCUCAACAUUUGACAAUCGAACCCAGAAUUUAUUUUGCUAAGUGAGAAAUUUGCUAAGUGUGUUUUGCCACAUUUCACAACUUUUAUUGCCGCCUUUGUUAAAUGAAUCACUGCAAUUGUAAAAUUAGUUACAGGGUUGUUAAGUGAAUCUGGCUUCCCCAUUGACUUUGCUUGUCAGGAGAUCGGAAAAGGGAUCACAUGAUCCCAGGACACUGCAACCGUCAUAAAUGUGAGUCAGUUGUCAAGUAUCUGAAUGUAAAUCAUGUGGCUAUAGUCAUAAGUGUGAAAAACGGUCCUAACUCACUUUUUUCAGUGCCAUUGUAACUUCAAACGGUCACCAAAUGAACUGUUGUAAGUCGAGGACUAUCUGUAUUGCAGGCUAACUCUGCCCACCGCCAGAAGUUUGAUCCUGAUGGGGCUCAAAGUUGAUUCAGCCUUCCAUCGUUCCGAGGUCAGUAAAAUGAGAACCCAGAUUGUUGGGGAUAAUACGCUGAUAUUUUAAACUGCUCAGAGAUUGCUGCAAAACACUACAAAACAGUAUAUAAGUCUAAUAGUUAUUUAUUGCUAAAGCAUUUUAUGUCAGUAGUAAAGAACUAAUGUACUACAGUACUAAAAUAAUGCAUUAAAGGUGUCUUAGCAGUCCAAAUCUAAUGAAGGAUAUUGACUAGAUGGAUACUAACUGUACUAGCUGUACUUCCUAUGGAGUGAGGAGAUAAUUUAGGAUGGAUAUACUGCUUCAAAAACUAUGGAAGUUUGUAAUGGGCUACUGCCCUCUGCUGGCCAUUAUUGAGUCUGUCACCUGCACCUCUAUAACUAUCUGGUUUGGUUCUGCAACCCAACAAGACAGACACAGACUUCAGAGGAUAAUUAGAACUGCAGAAAAAACAAUGUCUACCAACCUGUCUUCCUGUAUACUGCACGAGUCAAAAAGAGGGCUGUGAAAAUAUUUACAGACCCCUCACAUCCUGGACAUAAACUGUUUCAACUCUACCCUCAAAACGACGCUAUAGAGCACUGCACAACAGAACAACUAGACACAAGAACAGGUUUUCCCCGAAUGCCAUCACUCUGCUAAACAAAUAAUUCCCUCAACACUGUCAAACUAUUUAGUAAAUCUUCACUACUGUUAAUCUUCUCAUCGUUCCCAUCACAUAUCUCCUUCCUUGUUGCUUGUAUCCUUACGAUUUAUACUGAUAUUGUUUCCUGAUUGCUUAAUUGUACCCUAUGACUAUCAUUAAGUGUUGUAUUUAAUAUAGUGUUAAAUUUGUACCCUGUGACUAUCAUUAAGUGUUGUAAUACCUUGAUGAAGGUAUCUUUUCCUUUAUGUACUCUGAGAGCAUAUGCAUCAAGAUAAAUUCCUUGAGUGUCCAAUCACACUUGUCCAAUAAAAAAUUCUGUUCUAUUCUAUUCUGUUAA